AUGAUCGAGACCCUUGCUUCUGAUACUUCUCGUACAAUCGAAAAAAAUACUUAUUCUACUAAUGAUAACGAAUCUGCUAAAUCUACUUACUCCGAUACUCCUAUUCUUCAAAAAGAAAAACUUGAGACUG